GAGUGGUCAGGAGAUAAAAGGGGGACCGGGGCCAGCUGGAAGUUGCUGAAAGCUGCUGGGGCCGGGAGCGAGGGAGGACGGCAGCGAGGAGAAGCGCGGGCCGGGGUCCAGGAUGGGGCUGCUGGUGCUGGCCCUGGCCACCUGGCUGGGGCUGGGGCUGGCCUCGGCCUCCGAGGAGCCGGCCAACAGCAGCCGGAUCUGCCAGGAGGCACCGGCAUGGACCGUCAAUGGCUCGAGCCCCAUGGAGGGGGCGGCAGGGCAGGUGACGGUGGUGGCCCUGCUGAAGGCCAGCUGACAGUUCUGCCUGAGGCAGGCCCACAGCCUCGGGGGCCUGCGGGAGCGGCUGGCCCGGCAGGGCAUGGCCGAGGUUCGCUACAUGAUCGUCAACGAGAAGGCGCCGCUGUCCCGCGCCAUGCUGCCCGAGCUGCGGCGCCAUGCCCCGCCCGGCGUGCCCGUGCUCCAGCCCGAGCAGGAGGACCCCGACGUCUGGCAGGUCCUGGGGGGUGACAAGGACGACUUCCUUGUUUAUGACCGGUGCGGCCGCCUGGCUUUCCACAUCCAGUUGCCCUUCAGCUUCCUCCACUUCCCCUAUGUGGAGGCAGCCAUCCGCUCCAGCCACGUCAAGGACUUCUGUGGCAACUGCUCCCUCUACCCCAACACCACCCAGGAGGCUAACAGCACCAUGGAGGGCCCUGCAACCCCGAGCUCCCUUCCUGAACACGAGGGGAUGGAGUCAGAGACCCCUGUCCACCAGCACAAGCCCCUCCAUCCUCACCACCAUCACGAGGUCAACAGCGAGAGAGACACAAACCCAGCUGAGGACCACAAACCUGCUACCCAUGCUCACCACCACCACGGAGACCAUGGCCAGCUCCAUCACAAGGAGAAGAAACAGAAGGAGGGCGAUGGGCAUUAAACCAGGCUGGGCAGCCUUGCAGAACCCA